UGUCCAUGGCAUCAACAAAUCUCUGUUGAAAGUUGAAACUUCUAAAAAUUAAUCUUGCUAAAAAAAAAUGGCAAACUCGAAUGUUCUCUCUCUAACUUUUCACUCUCCUCAAGAGAAGGAUCAGCUUGAUCAAAGUGUGAAAAGGAUCAAGAAUGUUAAUCUAAUCGCUACUACUCCAUCUAAAGAAGAGCAUAUGGCGGAAGCUGCAACCAAUCCCUUGUCCUAUAGAGAUAAACUGACCUACGAUGGCUCUUUCGAAAGUCCCAAUGAGGACCUUUCUUUUGAUGCCAUUCUUGAAUAUCUUGAUGAAGAAUUGGAUAUUGACGAUGAUCCAGAUGACCCAACGCCGAUAAUCCUCUUCUCUAAAGAGGAAAAAAGAUGCAUGCGCGAACCAUGGAAGAAUGCUCUUAUUGUGAAAACUUUUGGCAAGACAGUACACAAAGAUCUCAGUAAGGUUAUCAAUGGUGGCCCCUGGUUUGUUGGUAUAAACUACCUCACUAUCAGACCAUGGGAACCAAAUUUUAAGCCUGAAAGUGCCACUUUCUCACACACAAUGGUGUGGGCAAAGGUGUCGGGCCUUUCAGCAGAAUACUAUGACACAAUCUCUUUGCAACGUAUUGGCAAUGAAAUCGAAACUCUUCUCCGUGUAGAUGCCCAUACAGCACACCAUACAUGUGGACAAUAUGCUCAUGUGCCAUCUGCAACAGCUAGUGUCAUCAAUGUUGAUCUCCAAAACCAGGCAAACAUUAAUGAAGUUUCUGAAAUCAAUGUCACAGGAUGCCGCAAGCCGGAGGUUUUAACUUCUACAGAAAGGGUGGGAGGCAUCCAAGUUGCUAGUAACAACCAUGUCUCUAACUACACUGCUGAUUCUAGGCAUAUUCGGGAAAAUCAAUUUGAUGAAUUUGGUCCUUGGCUUAUUGUGGAGCGAAAAAAAGAAGAAAACCCAGAAACAGGUGUCGGAAUCUUCAUCGGAAGGAAAAAGCAAUGGGCCCAAGGCCCAAAGAGGGAUUCCAUAUCCACAAGUUUUGCACUCAAAGGGAAAGAUAUUGUGGGCUCAUCCAAGACAAUAAAUGAAGAUUUUGGCACAAAUGGGAAUGUGGGCCAAAGCAACAGUCCAACAAAGGCCAUUAUUCCAAUAGAGACUAUCUCUAGUCCAAUGACUGGGCCUUUUAGACCUUUUACCAAUGCUUCAACCAACCUAGAAGCUUCGUUGCUCACUAUUAAAGAAAUGAUUAAAAAUCUUGAAACAACUUCUAACUUUACUUUUGCAUCGUCUAAUUCCUCUACUCUCCCAAAAUCUUCUUCAGAGAUCAGAAAUGAGCGAUCCAGCAGUAGCUUUGCCAAUUCCUCAGCUCAGCCCCAACUUGAAAGUCCUACUAGUCAACAACAACAAUGUGAUUUCAAUGGAGGAAGCCUUAGAGCUGUCAUUGUCAAGGGAGGAAAAAAUACACUCGUUAUGGAAGGAGAGGGAUCUGUUCAAGGCUUGGCGCAGUCCUCUCCUAACUCUCAAAUCCAUAGAUCCUCGUCCUUUUCUAAGCUCAAUGCCAGCUUUGAAGGAAGAUUCGAUAGCUAUGAUGGAGACGAUCCAUGUUAUCAUCAAGCCCUCAAUCUUGUUGGGGACGGAGGAGAUGUAUCACGAAUGUCUGAUGCUUCCGUGUCACUUUCUGGAGGCCAUAAUGAUGUUGUUGCACAAGGAAACUCAGGAACCGAUGAUGCUAGGGAAGUUACGGCUGAAUGUGGAUAUCCUUGUAGCCAUGUAGUUGACUCAGAUGGUAGCGUUGGUAGUCUCUGGCUAUUGUGGGAUGAUAAUGAAGUGUGUGUCGAUGUCAUCACCUCAACUUUUCAAGCAAUCCACGCAAUUGUCCAGGUCAAAAAUUUUGGGGGUGCUCAUAUUAGUCAAUCUCGUGUUCGUGCUUAUACUGACUGUAUGAGUGACUGUAACCUCAUGGAUAUUGGGUACACAGGGGGUAGAAUUUGGAGUAGAACCACUUUUGACAAUAUAUUUGUUAAAAAGUGGAUUCUCAAUGCUAGACUUGAUGGCAUUCAUCGUUCUCUCUCACAGAAUCCUUCUAACUUUCUUACUACUUUAGAGAAGGAGCUUACCCUUGAAUAUGAGAAAGUCUUGAAAUUGGAGGAAGAUUUAUGGUUUAUGAAAUCCAAAUCUAAUUGGAUUGUCGAUGGGGACCGUAAUUCCAAAUUCUUCCAUUUAUCUACCAUUAAGCAUCGGAAUCAUAAUAGAAUCCACUGCCUUCAAACCUCAUAUGAGGAUUGGAUUUGUGAUCAGCAGGCUAUUGUUGAUCUUAUCAAGAAUCAUUUUAUGCAUCUUUUUACCUCUUUUCUUGAUUGCUUUUAUCAUGAUUCCUUCUCUAACCUGGGAGUUGGUAUCUUAGAAUCCUAUGACUUAAGCUUUCUGGACAACCCACUUACUAAUGAAGAGAUACAUAACGCCCUUUUCGGACUUAAGCCUUUCAAGGCUCUUGGGCCUAAUGGUCUUCAUCCUAGUUUCUUCCAAAAACUGUGGGAUUCAGUGAGGAGUAUUCUGUGUAGCGAUAUUCAUAACAUUUUCUCCUCGGCUUCUAUCCCUGCUCAAUGGAAUGAGUGUUUAAUUACUCUUAUUCCCAAAACUAAAGCUCUUGAAACAGUCCAACAGUUUCGUCUUAUUGGUCUCUGUAACACUACCUAUAAAAUUAUCUCCAAGAUUAUUGUAAAUAGAAUGAAACUUGCAUUGGAUGAUUUGAUAUCACCUUGUCAGGCUAGCUUUGUUCCUGGUAGAAAUGGUACUGAUAAUGUACUUAUCCUACAGGAACUUGUUCAUUCCUUUUCUAAGAGGAAAGGUCAGGUGGGUGAUAUGGUGGUUAAACUUGAUCUCGAAAGGCCUAUGAUAGGCUAGAAUGGAGCUUCAUUAGAAAAGCCUUAACUUUCUUCAAGUUCCGACUAAAAUUCAUAUCUCUUGUUAAGAGUUGUGUUUCCUCUUCUACUAUUUCAAUUUUGGUUAAUGGUAAUAAAACAGAUGCUUUUCU